GGAAACUUGUGUCGAUUACAUUCUCCAACAUUGCAUUGCUCAACAUUGGUGAUACGAAGAUGAGCAUGAUAUGGAAGUUGAUAGUGCUACCUCUUCACUUCAAGCUUCUGCAAAACAUCCAUUACCGGAGCUGGAAAUCUACUGCUACUUGCUUGUCUUGAUAUUGCUGAUUGAUCAAAAGAAGUACAAUGAGCAAAAGCUUGCACCUCUGCAAGCAUUCUAUGAACUACUUACCGGUGACCUUGCUGAAAUUAGAGGUGAAGCUCCCAAAUAUGUUCAACCUUGACCUUGAUCAAACUCAUUAUUUGUUUUGUGGGGAAAGGAAGGUUAUGCCCUCUAGGCUAUAUUUAACUGGUUUUGUGAUUUCUCCUAUUUUUCCAUUGAAGAAUUUUGUCAAACUAAAAUUGAAUGAAAUUUUUUAUAUAGAUUAAUAAAUUAGAAUACACAGUUGGUAUGCUAUCUUGUGGAACGUAAAAAAAAUUGACCUGAAUUUGGGAAGAACUUGAAACAAUUUUUGCUGGCAUCUUAGCUUUUACCUUAUAAACAUCUUAAAUAUCUUCAGAUAUUUUUCUAUAUAUAUUUCAUGCCUUUCAAGUGUUUUAUAAUUAAGGUGCCUUUAUAGGGUUCAUGUUUGCAAACAUUGCUUGGCAUCCAAAAAAGUAAAUGCUUAUUUUACUUUAUUUACUUCUUGCUGUUAUUAUUUUUUUAUGAUACUAGGAUGCCUUUUUUUAUGUUCCAUUAAGGGUUUCAAAAUGCACAGCUAUGCCAAAAGUUAUUGCCCCAUAUAGAAUGGAGUGCAAGGCAUUUGCUUCUUGUACUCAUUUUCUAUCUUGAAGUUCUACUCAUGUAUCUUUUGGUUUUUUCAUUUUAGGUUAGAACAGAAUGUUGGUGAAUUUGUUGUGACUUUCCUGAGGGCAUACCAUGCAGGAUUCAGCCACAUGAGUUGCUUACAUUUUCUUUAUACUUUUUACCUUCUGCUAGAAUUUUAAGGAUACUAUGGUGUUAUAACUUCUAACAGCCAAUAGGUAUGCAUACUCAUUGCAUUUUUAUCAAUAACUAAAC